AUGAAGCACAAUGCAGAAGUGGAGGCGUGUGAUCUGCUUAUCGAGAUUGAGCGACUUGAUCUUCUUAUGGAAUAUGUGGUAGAUGUGGAUCAUCAGAAGAGUGCAAAACCGUGGUAUGAUUUGCUCGAAGUAAAAUUCAGCAUUUCUGAGAACAUGAGGCAGAAUGGAAAGCAUGUUCUUCAAAUUAACCCAGAGAAGCGAGUAAUAGUCCUAUUCGCUAUAGGACCCACUAGCGUUUUUGAACAAUUCGUAGAUGUUCAAGUGCAGGAAUUGAAACUUGGCCAAAAAAACGUAUGUCCUCAUGAAGAAGUGGAAAUCGUUACGGUAAAGCAGCCGUGUGUGGAACGGUACACGAAGUAUGUGAGGACGAGAAAGCCGGGCUGUAAUGGCCAGUUCAAGAGCUGUUCAGUGAGAGAGCCGAAGACGAUCUAUUUCCACACAUACAAAAAUGUAAACAGGACAAGGAGGCAUACUGUAGCAGAUUGUUGUCCAGGAUGGAUACAUGUGCCUGGAACAGUUGGAUGUGAACGAGCCAACUGCACUUCCGACCUAUGCCACAACGGCGGAACAUGCAUACCAUUCCGCAAUGGAACUGAGGACAUCUGUGAAUGCGCUGCUGGCUUCACUGGUGCCAAGUGUCAAUAUGGUAUUUUUGUCUUCAAUGGUUUACAGGGCUCUAUAGCUUGCACCCUUCUCAUCCUACUACAUCCAUCCUACUUAUCCUGA